GAGGUGCGCCGCUUGCUCAUGUACGUUAAAUAAUUACAAUGAGCAAUAAGGACAGAGGAGCGGUUACCAAAGGGGAUCGAUCAGCAGACGACCAGACGCCGUCGAUAUACUUGUCACUCGGAUGCCUUCUCGACUCCGAGAAAAUUAUCCGAUAUGAACAUUUCUUGCAGCAACCGCAAGUUUAAAGCCCACCGUGCUGUUGUCUACACCCAGUCGUCCUUUUUGAUAAAGCUCUUACAGGCGGACUCGUCGUGUGAUACAUUAAAUAGCUUUCCGGCCGUGGUCGAUGAGCUCUGCACGUGGACCCCGGACACCGAUGUCGCGUUGUGCAAAGAUGUCUGCCGUCUGGCCGGAUUGCGCAUCAAGGAGGAUGAACUGAGGGAGCGGACGGACUGGGUCUUGAAAAAACAUGGGGACUUUGUUGUUGGGGUCAUGAAUGCCAUGAUUGAAUCUGACAGGCGCAUUUUGGCCGGACCGUUCUGAGAGAGAGUCUAGGUUGACUGUCGCACGAAAGAUGGAUGCGGAGUCGUUAGGACUCGGGAGUUGCGCUCGUUUUAUGUCCAGAUUGUUCUAAUAUUACUAGUACCAGAGUUAU